CACACGAGCAUGGAGACAUAUUGUGUAAAGCAUUCUGUGCUGAGAGGAAGAAGCAUUCAGAGAAUUACAGUAAAUAGGCCUAACCAGCAGAUAGUGACAGGGCAGGUACAAGCUCUGCUAGCUGGAGUAGGGCAUCAGUAAUCCAUUUUUAGAGUCUAGUACAGAAGUUGGACAUAGUUGCGGAACAUAACCGGAGUGUGUUCCUUCAAGACAUCGUUUCUCACUAUCUGUUUAUGAACAAAAAUGGCUACCUUCGCAAACCACUCAACAAAUGAGAGCAGCGGGCACAGCUGGCGCUGUCAAUUCAAGGAGGACUUCAAGUACAUCCUGCUUCCUGUCAGCUACACCCUGGUCUUCGUGAUUGGCCUAGCACUGAACUUCACGGCCAUGUACGUGAUCCUGUUCCGUACGAAACGCUGGAAGCCCUCGACGGUGUACAUGUUCAACCUGACAGUAUGCGACACCCUCUACAUCCUCACCCUACCCUUCCUAAUCUACUACUACGCCGACGAGAAUGACUGGCCCUUCAGCGAGCCGUUCUGCAAACUCAUCCGCUUCCUGUUCUACGCUAACCUCUACGGUUCCAUCCUGUUCCUGUGCUGCAUCAGCCUGCACCGCUUCCUGGGUGUGUGCUACCCGAUGAGGUCACUGAGCUGGGUCAGCUCCCGGAGAGCCCGGCUGGUGUCUGUGGCGGUGUGGGCGUGUGUGUUGAUGUGCCAGGCUCCCGUGCUCUACUUCUCACGCACCAGGGACGAGGGGACAGAGAGGGUGUGUUUCGACACGUCCAGUCCAGAGUUAUUUCAUGACUUCCUGGUGUACAGCUCGGUGGUGUCUAUGCUGAUGUUUGCCUUCCCUUUCAUGGUGGUGAUGGUGUGCUAUGGACUGAUGGUGAGGAAGCUUCUGGAGCCCACCUGGGGGGCGGGAGGGAGCCAGUCGAGGGGAGUCGGGGGACUCGCUGCUCAUCGCUCCAAACAGAAGUCUGUGAAGAUGAUAAUCAUUGUGUUAGCAGCGUUCAUGCUGUGUUUCCUACCUUUCCACCUGACCAGAAGUCUGUACUACUCCCUCAGAUACCUGGAGCAGAUAGACCCCUCCCAGGUGAGCUGUGAGCUGCUGAAGGUGUCCAGCAUGGCCUAUAAGGUGACACGCCCCCUGGCCAGCGCCAAUAGCUGUGUGGAUCCCAUCCUCUACUUCAUGGCUGGACAGGGUUUCCGUAGGAACUUCACUAACAGAAGCAGGGCAUCACCAAUGAAAUCAGGAAGCGUGACGGCAGCACUCUCGACGCAGCUCUGACCGACAGGAAGAUCAAUCUAUGUACUGAAUAGCUAUGGAACACAGUGUGUAUUCCAUUGGAAUGGAGAGAACACCGUUGGACAAAGACACUGGAUGGAUGACGGGCUCCUUUGAACUGAAUAUAAUUUCCCGAUAUGGUUCGGAUGACCCAUAGAGAUCCUACUAUUCCUAAUUCUAUGGGAUGACCCAUAGAGAUCCUACUAUUCCUAAUUCUAUGGGAUGACCCAUAGAGAUCCUACUAUUCCUAAUUCUAUGGGAUGACCCAUAGAGAUCCUACUAUUCCUAAUUCUAUGGGAUGACCCAUAGAGAUCCUACUAUUCCUAAUUCUAUGGGAUGACCCAUAGAGAUCCUACUAUUCCUAAUUCUAUGGGAUGACCCAUAGAGAUCCUACUAUUCCUAAUUCUAUGGGAUGACCCAUAGAGAUCCUACUAUUCCUAAUUCUAUGGGAUGACCCAUAGAGAUCCUACUAUUCCUAAUUCUAUGGGAUGACCCAUAGAGAUCCUACUAUUCCUAAUUCUAUGGGAUGACCCAUAGAGAUCCUACUAUUCCUAAUUCUAUGGGAUGACCCAUAGAGAUCCUACUAUUCCUAAUUCUAUGGGAUGACCCAUAGAGAUCCUACUAUUCCUAAUUCUAUGGGAUGACGACUGUUUGAAAGAGAAUGAACGGUGUCAAACAAAGUGGCCAUAUUUUAUUGAAUGUUUUAUCCCUAACUGGUAAAUAAUGGGAGAUUGCACAUACAGUACAAAUACCAAACUUCUUACUUGAAAGUGAGAGGGGUAUACAGUAAGUCAUUGAUUGAAAUCUGGCUUAGCUAAGGAAGCUAACGGCAGAGAAAAGUACACUGGUUGAUGCUGACAGUGUAGAGAGAAUAUAUGCUGUAAUAACAUGAUAGUGAUGUUAGUGAUAUUCUAAUCACUAUUGGAAUCACAAUAAACAGUUAUUAUAUCUUUAGGAGCCACUGAUCGUAGUGUAUCUAACAAACGUAUCUUCAGAAAUGCAUACACCACACACAGACUGUAAGUCAGUCUGAAGAGGACCUCCUCUUGAGGGCUGUCAGAGAAAGAGGUUCAGGCCCAGGCAUGACUUGGACAGGUUCUAGGGCGCGUCUGGAAAAUCAUUAAUUAACAUCCCAAAGACUCACAGAUGGUGCUGGAUAUAAUCCAGACAGAUACUUUUAUAGAAGCAACACAGGCUCACUGCUGGCACGACAACAAAUUACAGAGAAAGAACUAAUGCUUAAACAAAGCUACCGGUAAUUUACCAAAGUUACCAGAAUCUUCAUGAAUUUUGGUAAUUGACAAAAAAUCUAUAGCAAUCUAUCAUAACUUUGGUAAUUUAUACUUGAAUAACUUACAUUUUUUUUAUUCAUAUAUAGUAUUCUUUUUUAUAUACAGUACCAGUCAAACGUUUGGACACACCUACUCAUUCAAGGGUUUUUCUUUAUUUGUACUGUUUUCUACAUUGUAUAAUAAUAG